AGACGUUCAUGCGUCUCGUCUUACGCCGAGUGGAUAUACGAGAGGCGAGCUGAGGAUCCGACCCGUUUUCCCUCCGCUGUCGCCCAGCGUAGCCUUCGUUUACGUCUUUGUGUUCGGUGUCUUGGAUGUCUGUUAGUCGUCGCUGACAUUCCCUUUUCUGUAGCGCACAUGCGGUAGAUCGGACGCGUUGGGCCGGGCCACACGGCAGGUGUGCGUCUCUGGCUACGUCACGGCGCGCAACGUUGUGCACGCGAGCCUCCCUCACGCGCUGUUGGCAUGGUCAGCUGACGGUGUUGGCUGGGGGACGCUCGGCGCGCGAUUGUUCGACCUCGACGUUGAGAAGAUAUCGUUGCUGACGAACGCUGACGGCUCAACAUUUUCUCAUCUCUAUGCACUACCAUUCGACGCGACUACUUCGCGCUGCUUGGCGAGGACGACUACUCUGAUACCCUGCAUACGUGCGGAAGGGCGUAUCACACGCUUCGCUGUGAUGAGCGAUGUCUCUCGUCGCUCGUCUUCGGCUCUUCUUGGCUUUAUCUAUUCCUAUCGAUAUCUACCGUGUUGUCAUCUAGCCUCUCACGUGUUCUCGACGUCUGACUUGUCUCGCUCUCUUCCCUCACCCGAAAACGAACGGUUGCUACCGCACACACUCGUGGGCUUCCGCUCGAGCCAGGCGUUCUGCCCGCUACCUAUUCCAUAUCAUCCACCAUACUACUUCCCCGGGCCCGAGCGCCGGCACGCAUACACGGACUUGUCGCCGCGUCUCGCAUCACACACAUCUCGUCGUAGAUUCUUUACCCCUCUCCUAUGGCACUCGAUCCCACUACAUCAUUACUGUGCACCAUCUCGCUCCAUCUGGUUCGGAUCUCUGCAAAACUUCCUACCUGCUUCCAUCUCGUGCCUUGUCUCCGUUCCCACUCUGAGAGUUGUACGAUAACAUAUCCCCAGCCUCUGUCGGGCCCUUGUCGCUCCUUUAGUGCCUUCCUACAUUUGAGGCCUACCUACUCCCCCAACACUCACAUGCAUCCCGUACGUUCCAAUUUCCAUCCACACAAGUCUCCAGUCUUGAUUGUCUCGUUCUGCUUCACGCAUCGUCACGUUCUCCUAAUCGCAAUUGUAUGCAUAGCGCCACCCACCACUUACAUAUCCCACGCACAGAAUCUCACCGCUUUGCUCACCUGGCAACAGUAGUUCCCAAUCUCGACUCGAUCGCGCCGCCUGCCUUAUGAUUGUGGCGUUCAGGUGAUGCCUUCGAGCUGCACUUGCAGUUCACGCUCCGCGGACCCAACCCUGCUAGCGUUACACGCUGCAGAGGGUGCUGUCAAAAACUCCGCUUGUGGUCGAUGCGCACACAUACGCUCGACCACGUCCCUGGGCCCCAUUAAGGGGACCCUGAUCCCUUUCCUCAUCAACCUUUACUAGACCGCGAGGCUGCGCGUACGCUUCGCGAAUCCGCUUGGCCUUCUACUCCGCGACAGUGACAGGAUUCCAUUUGCUACACACAAGGACCCCACUCCUAUUACCCCGUACUAGAAUCCGUUCUGCCCAACCUCAAUCCCUCUCGUGAUUUCAAUGUUUGGUGGCUCUAUACAUGCUCCAUCUCGGCCCGUGCUGUCUCGUCUUGUUUCGUUGAUCACCGUAUGCGCACUAUCAUUAUAGAUUUGUCACCCCCGGCAUCCCACCUUCCCCUUUUCCGCUACAUCCCCCUCCCAACAUCGGCACGCCUUAUCUCUACACGUCUCAUGGUCUGUACAUACCCGCAGUCUUGGGUCGAUCGUUCUUGGUAGAAAUGAUAGACCGAAUCAAAUCUAAACUCU